GCGCUCAGGUGAGUGGGUACUUCGUAGGGGCGCACCCAACCUUCUUCCGCUUAUUUUCCUUCCCUCUUACCUACUUCCAUUCCUGUCCUGUGGGGAUGCUCGCUUCUGGGGGCGCUCGGGGUUUGAGUGUGGUCCCAGAAACAAGCCAGGUACAUUCAUUAGGAGACGAUCCCACAUCGAUUGGCUAUUCUCCGAGAAUUUCUCGAAGACUAGACUGAGGCUUGGGAAAGGUUCUGGGAACGCCGAGGAAGAAAUCCAAAGUCCCAUUCAGCAAGGGUUUGGGGCCCUUUUUUGUAUCAUGGAACCACUGGAUAAAGCCAGUGAUUCUCUUCUCGGAAUAAUGCAUAAAAUAGAUUACAACGGAAGCGAAAUAUAUUAUUGAUUCUACCAUGAAGUAAUCUUGAAAGGCAGAGUAUUCUAUAGUGUCUGCUUCCAAGUCAAUACAUAGAUUUAACUCCUACUUCAGAUACUCAUUAUUCGAAGAACUUGGGGCAAGUUAUUUAAGAUCAAUGCCUCAAUUUCUUUUUAUUUAAUAUGAAUUAGAAACCUUUAAAGUCCUUUGGAGUUUAAAAAUCAGUAAUCUUGUUAUUAAGUGUCAGACCAGUCAUUGCCAUUUAAGAAUAUGUUUACAAUCAUCUACAAUAAAUAGCCGAUUAGGGCUAAAAGGACCAUCGAGGUUUCUGUCUUAGAGGGAAAAAGUUUGCAGUUGAAACCGUUUGAUUUAUGAAUCUUGGUCUUUAACCAUUAAUGGUAAAGGUUUCUUUACAUAGAUCUGUUGAAAACUACUGAAGAAAAUGACACACUGGUUUCAUCGGAACCCAUUAAAAGCCACUGCACCUGUUUCCUUUAAUUAUUAUGGUGUAGCCACAACACCUGCAGCUUCAAAAAUUUGCAAUGAUUUAAGAUCGUCAAGGACACAACUGCUUGAGCUGUUCACUGAUUUGACCUGUAACCCAGAAGUAAUGAAGAAUGCAACAGAUUCCUACUUUUCACUUUUGCAAGGGUUCAUAAAUUCACUGGAUAAUUCUACCCAAGAAAGCAAAUUGAGAUAUAUUCAAAACUUUAAGUGGACUGAUACAUUACAGGGACAUGUUCCAAGUGCCCAGCAAGAUGCUGUAUUUGAAUUGAUUUCCAUGGCAUUUAAUGUAGCUUUAUGGUAUUCCAAAUAUGCAUCAAGGUUGGCUGGAAAAGAAAACAUAACAGAAGAUGAAGCAAAAGAAGUUCAUAGAAGCCUAAAAAUUGCAGCUGGAAUUUUCAAACAUCUGAAGGAAAACCAUAUUCCCAAACUUAUCACACCUGCAGAAAAAGGCAGGGAUUUGGAAGUUCGACUCAUAGAUUCCUACAUUAUUCAAUGUCAAGCUGAAGCUCAAGAAGUUACAAUUGCUCGAGCAAUUGAACUCAAACAUAAUCCUGGUCUUAUUGCGGCAUUGGCAUAUGAAACAGCCAAUUUCUAUCAAAGAGCUGAUCACAGUUUAUCCAGUUUGGAGCCUACCUAUACUGUUAAAUGGAGAAAAUACCUUCACUUGAAAAUGUGUUUUUACACAGCUUAUGCAUAUUGCUAUCAUGGUCAGACUUUGCUGGCAAGUGAUAAAUGUGGUGAAGCAAUCAGAUCUCUCCAAGAAUCAGAAAAAUUUUAUGCCAAGGCCGAAGCAUUAUGCAAAGAGUAUGGAGAAACUAAAGGGCCUGGAACAACAGCCAAACCUUCAGGGCAUCUGUUCUUUAGGAAGCUUGGAAGUCUUGUGAAAAAUACUUUAGAGAAAUGUCAAAGAGAAAAUGGAUUCAUCUAUUUCCAAAAAGUUCCAACAGAAGCACCGCAACUGGAACUCAAAGCAAACUAUGGUCUUGUAGAGCCUGUACCUUUUGAAUUUCCUCCUGUUAAUGCACACUGGACCCCAGAAAUACUAGCUGCAUUUGAUCUCACCAAGAGGCCAAAGGAUGAUAGUGCCAAACCCAAACCAGAGGAAGAAUUGAAACCAAUCAAAGAACCAGAUAUAAAACCCCAAAAGGAUAGUGGCUGCCAUAUUUCCUAGAAGACCACAGAAACAUUGAACUCUCAUCUUAAAUGUAUUGGAAACUUUGGGACUAUAGAUUCUUUUUUGUGAUUCCUCCAGAGCCUAAAGAAUAAUCUGCUUCUUUUCCUGGGCCUUCACUAUGUCAGUGCUCACUUUUUAAUAGGGUGGGGUGUUUUUUAAUGCUUUAUUUCUUUGUUUCCAUUUUAGUCAGGUCACCAGAAUAGCUUCCAUAGGCCUUACUGUGUCUUGAAGAUAUAGAAAGUUUUUUUUUAAACUCUAGAGUAGUAAUACGUGUCAGGUUAAUAUAUUAAAUUAUAACAAAGAAUCAUGGUUCUCCUUGUCACAAAAAAGUUUGUUUUCAUUUCUUAUCUAUCAUUGAAAUCAGAGGAAAGGUACAGAUAAAAGUCAACAAAGAAUGAACAGUUCUUACUUCCUCAUGGUUAUAUUGCAUCAUGGCACAAACCUGUAACACUCCCAAGCCAUUAUUUCUUAUGUAAAGCAACUUACUUAUAAUAGAAUGAAUCUGAAAAUCAGUAGGAACUAGGCUAUGUAUAUGUUUGCUUAAAAUUAAUAUUUUUGAACCAGAAUUGUAAUGUACAUGUUGAGAACUAUGAAUUUUAUUUCUGGUUACCUAAAUGUAGGUUUUAUUUCUUUCUCCAGAUAAAUAUUUAUUUUAAAUCCCUUCUUAGAGAGCUUAUAUGACUUAAGUGACAGAUUUUUGUAUAAUAUACCUUAGUAUGUCUGUAUGGAAGAGAUAAGAAGAAAUUGUUCCUUGGAAAUCAUGCAUCAUACAAAAAUGCAGAAAAUUUUUAAAGGAAAAAUUACUUGUUUGAAAAUACACUGGUUACUCUCUAUUUCUCUUUCAAAGAAGUGCAAAUCAGUGUUUUGUUUUUGGUUUCUGACUUCAACAUAUUCUCUUUUCAUAAACUUUCAAGUAAUAGUUUAUAUCUUGCCCGAAUAGAAGAAUGAAAAAAACAUGUAUUAAAUAUUUAUUACUUGUUGAGUACUGUGCUAAGUACUGUGCUAAGUACUGAAGAUACAAGUUUAAAAAAAGAGGACAGUCCCUACUCGAGGAAUUCACACUCAUUGGGAAAAGACAGCACAUAAAAGGAAGUUCAGCUGCAGGGCAGAAGAAGAAAAAGGCUUGGAAGUUCUGAGGGCACCACAGCAGAGUGGCUACCCCGGGGUCUGUUGGGCAUAUUGGAAAGGCUCAUGUUUGGACUUGUUAGACAUUACUUUUGCUUUUGGCCAGAGGAUGUGUAGGAUUAAGAGCAAGGAGUUAAAUAAAGGUGAUUGCAUAAAGUUAGAGUUCAAAACAGAGCAAAGUUAGUAUAUCUAGGCACAAGUGGGAUUAUGUUAGAUAUAUUUUAACAAAUUGUCAGUUGUUGAAAUUUAGACUAGAAGACCUUAGAAAUGGGUUAUUUAGUCUAAUUUCUUCCUUUUAAGCAUUUGAUUAUUUUGCAGUUUUAACACUUUUAUUAAUAGUGCAUCCCUGAAUAGAUUUACAGAGACUAUUUUGGUUUUGAACUAUUUGUGGGUGAAGUUACUACAGGUUUAACAUAACCAUACUUAUCAAACAUUAAUCAUGCAUAUAUCACUGAAUGUGAUAGAUAAACCUAACACUAACAUUUACUGUGCUCCACACGGAAGUUUUCCAUUCACUUUAGUGCAUUUCAUUCUAGUUUUUUUUUUUUUCAGUUUUCAUAUUAAACUUUUUAUGAUAGCCUCCUCCUAUAUCUAAAAUAGCAUCCAGUGUGUGUUGCUUUUUUAUAAGAUACUGUAAAUACCAAGAUUAAUGAUCCAUAUCUUUGAAAAGAGUAGGAAAUGAAUAUCCUGUUUGAAAUUGACAUUUAUCUAGAAUCUUCUCAUAAAUUUAACAUCAUGCUUGGAGAUUAAAAAAAAAUAAAAGGUAUAGAGGUUGCAUGAAGGUUAGGCAUAUAUGUUGUUCGUAUUAGCUGUUCUACAUAAUCAUUGUUUGAUGUAAGCCAAUUCUGGUCAUCUAUUACUGUCUUAUGCUGAAAGCAUUGAUUUUAUAGGCAAUUCCUAUCCUGCCCUCCUUUUUCAAGAAGAUAAUUUUACAAAUUGAGCUCUUUAGGAUUUUGAUUUCUGUUUUCCAUGGAUAUUUAUGCUUGUGAUAAAUUAAUAGGAUACCUAAUGUGCAACAAGAUUAUUUUUCACAGUGAAGAAGGUAUAUGUAUAUAUGUGUGUGUAUAUAUAUAUCUAUAUACACACACAUUGUAUUGGUUUAAUGUUCUUUGAUUUUAUGCACUAUUCUGUUUUAAUCACAUACAUCUAUAUACACUCCAAUAUGAUGAGUUUUCAUCUGAAUUUGGCCUGGGUCUAUAGCUGAUAUUAAUAUGUAGUAUAUUUAAUAUAUUGCAGUAUUUGAAGCAUAUGGUAAGAAAACUUACCGUUACCUCUCUACAAUAUUGUGCAGCAAACUUUACACCGUAUAAACUUAAUAUUGCAUUUCUAGUGUUAUAUAUUUAUAAUCUUUUUCCUUUUAUUGUACUGAUACAUUAGAAUACAAUUAGUAUUCAGAUUAAAAUAUCUUUAGUGUAUAUUUUGCUCUCUUCAUAAAAUAAAUUUAUAGUGCCACCUUGGAUGAUCUUAA